UCCCUGAUAUCUGUGGAACCUUGAAAGAAUGAAGAGACCUGGAGAGGGUAGGUGCGUUGGGUUGGUUGGCUCUGUUAUGGUUGUCCAAAGAGGAGCUUAACAUCAGAGGGGGGAAAGCUUGUCUGGAAGAGAAAUGGAAGGACUUCCAUGCUGCCUACGGGCUGAGGCAUCUUUGGGGCAUGUUCAGAGGGGCGCGUCUAGCGGAGCCAUGCGCACACCAAGCCGUAGUGAAACAUCAGUGCCGAAAUCUGGAGUUGGAGACCUGUGUAAGCUUGCUUUUCUCCCGGAUCGCGACCCAAAGCAGCUGAUCACAUCAUUCUCCCCUCCUCCACCUUAUCCCUACAAAAACAACCUUGUGAGGGGGAUCCAAAGGAAUUUAGCAUGGUGUCUCCCUCCUCUUUUUCCAGGAUGGCCAUCUUUGGGCACGCGUUGAAGUUUUCCUCGUAGGGUCUCAGUCCGGCCCGGGAUGUUCUCCAGAAGGAAGCCUGCCAGCUCCCUGCCUGCCUGCCCCAAUGUACUCACACCAGACAAGAUUCCCACAUUUUUCAUCCCACCCAACUUGGCCACCCUUCAGGGCCGGCGCUCACAAAGGAACGAGAGCCAAGGAACUGGUGAGGCUCGGAUCUGUUCUCCUGAGGGGCACAUCAUCCAGGUAGAAAGCUUUGACCAGGAUGAAGGCCGGACCGCCGGGCACCUCUAUAGCACAAUAUCCAUGCCUCAUCUCUCUAGCCCAGAAGGCUGGGACUUGUUGCCCGAGAGCCCCCAUACACGCCGGCGAGAGUCCCUCUUCCAUGAGGAAAGCCUUCCCCGACAUUCUGGUGCCAGGUUCACCUCUCUAUCAAGGCCUCUCUCCUACCCCGGUGCAGCCCUUGACAGCGACACAGCCUCCUCCACCGAAACGUCCCCAUAUGGCUCCCCCUUGCUAUUGCGCUCUCUAGGGGGGACUCUGACACGCCCAGCGUACGGUCAACGACGGAGAUUCACGUUCUGCCCCACCAAAAUCAAGGCAGGGCCUCGGCCUAACUCCUUGUCCACCGAGGAGACCAGCUCUACAGACACCAGCCCCCGCAUCCCACGUCGGGAAACAGAGACCACCUGGCGGUCCACUGCCACUCUGUCCCCCCUGCCCAUUUUCCCGUUGGGCUUCAUCUGUUGCCCCGAGCGGCUCACCAAGGAGGUGAUGCUGACCGUGAGCAAAGGUGGUCAACUGAGGCUCUUGACGGAAUACCUGCAGCCACAGAGGCGCCUCCGUGUCCGCCUCAUCACCGCGGAAGCGUUCUACCAGCCCCACUGCGAUCCACGGCACGUCAGCUGUUGUGUCUCUCUGCGCCUGAGACCGGGGUCGAUGCAGCGGCAGCGCAGCGCGGUCAUCAAGAGAAGCCGCAAUCCGAUCUUCAACGAGGAUUUCUUCUUUGAGGGGGUCUUACCCGAUGAGCUGCCCAGGCGCAGCCUGAGGUUCAAGGUAGUCAACAAGGGCUCCGGAGUGCGGCGGGAUGUACUCCUGGGCCAAUGUGACAUCCCCCUCGACUCUCUUGUACCCCCGUAGGAAAUCCUGGAGAUACGGUAGAUAACUAUCAGGAAAUUGCAAUGCUGUUACGGGGGAAGCCAGGCCUGGAAGAAGAAUUCCUGCUCCUGUGCUGACUGGUAUUUUCCUACUAAAGGCUUGCAGGCCGAAGCCUGGUUGUGCUGUUUGUGAGAUUAUUCGACCCCCCUUCCCAUCUCUGUAGUGCAAAGGUCCCUGACCUAUCUGAGCCUGCAGAUACCUCUGGCAUUCAGAGACGGGGCUGCUCAGCAACACUCCAAAAUGGAUGUCACGGGGGGCAGGGGCCACACGCAAGCCCUCUCUCUUCACUUUGCAAAACAGCCACAGAAGUGGAAGGAAAAGGAAGGAAAUCCUGAAGGGGUGAGGAAAGGAGAAAGAGAAGGGAGAAUAAAAAGAAGGAAAGCCUGAGGGGGGACUGGAACCACACACUAAGGAACGGCCAGGGCCUCCUGAGCCGCCAGCAGCUGCGGCUCCAAUCGCAGCCAUAGCAAAGCCUUUCAUUUCAAUGCGGCCAGCCAAUAUCAAGCCCUGCCUUACAACAGCUCCGGCCGCUUUCUGUAAAGCUCAGGAGGCAGGAGGGGAAGCGGCGGUGAUAGACUCACAAACCAUCAGGCGGGACCUGGAAUUCUCUUGGAAUUACAGCCGCUUUCCAAACUACAAAGAUCAAUUCCCCUGGUGAAAAUGGCAGCUUCAGCGGGGCAGACUCUAUAGUAUACCAUAGAUUCUAGGUGAAAUCGGACUGCUGAGUGGAAUCGGCUGCCUGGGGGUGGGGUGGGGGUUCCCCCUCAUUGGCAGUCUUCAAGGAGCAGCUGGAUGAAUGAUUGUUGGGGAUGCUUUAGGCUGUUCCUGCAUUGGGCAGGGGGUUGGACUAGAUGGUCUGCAAGACCCCCUCCAACUCUACAAUUCUGUGAGUCUAUGAAAUCCCUCCCCAUACUUUCCCCUCCACAGGCUCUUCCCCCAAAUCUCCAGGAAUUUCCCAAGCUGGAGAGGGCAACCCUGACUAAUAGUGGGUCAAGCCCACAGUGUACCACCUCUCCUCCCCUGCUUCUUGGGGCUGACUGAUGCUUCCCUGCACAAGACACUUCCUCACUGCACUGGUGUUGGGUUACAGCCAAGGCUCCUGGCCUUCCUAGCAAACAGAAUUCUGUCAAAGGAAGCCACUCUUGACUGAGAGCCAAGCUACAAGUGAUGCCUGACACGAGUUGGACACUUGUCAGCUUCCCUCAAGUUUUGAUGGGAAAUGUAGGCGUCCUGGUCUUGCAGCUUGGCUCUCCAUUUAAUUGAAGUUUACAUAAACCCCCUACACACACCCAGCAGAGGGGAAGGGGGGUGUCCGGCGAGAGCCCAAUGCCUGCACUCCCCUCCCGACCGCGCGUUCUCCCUCCCAUAGAUUGCCGCUCUGUAAACUUCAAUUAA